ACAGUCGUCAUGAAGCUUGUGAUCUUGGCUUUCCUUGUUGCUGGUGCCUACGGUUGUGGGCUGCCCACCUUUCCCCCUGUGGUGACCAGGGUGGUUGGUGGUGACGAUGUCAGGCCCAACAGCUGGCCCUGGCAGGUGUCUCUCCAGUACAGGAGCAGCAACGGAAACUUCUACCACACCUGUGGUGGCACUCUGAUCUCCUCCACCUGGGUCCUCACCGCUGCCCACUGCAUCAGCAGCCGCAACACCUACAGAGUCUACCUGGGCAAGCACAGCCUGAAUACUAACAACGAGCCCGGCUCCAUCGCCAUCAGCCCUUCUAAGAUCAUCGUCCACGAGAACUGGGACUCCUACAGAAUCCGCAAUGACAUCGCCCUGAUCAAGCUGCAGAGCCCCGUCUCUUUGAGCGACAGCGUCAUGCCCGCCUGUCUUCCCGACUCCGGCUAUGUUCUGCCCCACAAUGCACCCUGCUACGUCACCGGCUGGGGACGCCUCUGGACCAACGGACCCCUGGCUGAUGUCCUGCAGCAGGCUCUUCUCCCCGUGGUCAGCUACUCCACCUGCAGCAAGUCCGACUGGUGGGGCAGCCUGGUCACCCAGAGCAUGAUCUGCGCCGGAGGUGACGGUCAGCUGGCCAGCUGCAAUGGUGAUUCCGGCGGCCCCCUGAACUGCCAGAAUCCCGACGGCUCCUGGGACGUUCACGGCGUCGUGAGCUUCGGCUCCAGCAUGGGCUGCAACUACUACAAGAAGCCCUCCGUCUUCACCCGUGUCAGCGCCUACAUCUCCUGGAUCAACAACGUCAUGACCACCAACUAAAAUGUGGACUUGAUCAUUUCAUAGCUGAUUAAUGAGAGAAAGCUGUUCAGGUGUUAUGAAAUAGUGACAAUAAAAUA